AUGCCUCCCAAAUAUUUGUUCCUAAUUGUGCUAUCGGUUCUUGCAAUCCCAUCUUUAGCCAAUUACGAUGAGAGUUUUGGCAUUGAUGGGCAAGAUUUGCACAAGGUCAAGCCACCUUCUCAUGCACCCGCACCAAAGCACAAAUGGGACGAUGAGUUAGAUUUAGACGAUGACGAACUUCUCCCAGUCCCUACUCACAAGCCAAUUCAUCCGCCGAAACACGCACCUGCACCCGCGCCGAAGCACAAGCCGACUCAUACACCCACAUCCAACCACAAGCCAUCUAAAGCACCUGCACCUGCACCCAAACACAAAUGGGACGACGAGUUAGAUUUAGACGAUGACGAACUUCUCCCAGUCCCUACUCACAAACCAAUUCAUCCACCAAAACACGCACCUGCACCUGCACCCAAGCACAAGCCGACUCAUGCACCUGCAUCCAACCACAAGCCAUCUAAAUCACCGGCACCUGCACCCAAACACAAAUGGGACGACGAGUUAGAUUUAGACGAUGAUGACCUUCACUUAGUCCCUAUUCUCAAGCCAAUUCCUCAGCCAAAACACGCACCUGCACCCGCACCCAAGCAUAAGCCAGUUCGUGCACCCGCAUCCAACCACAAGCCAUCUAAAGCACCCGCACCUGCACCCAAACACAAAUGGGAUGACGAGUUAGAUUUAGACGAUGAUGAACUUCACCCAGUCUCUACUCACAAGCCAAUUCAUCCGCUAAAACACGCACCUGCACCCGCACCCAAGCACAAGCCAGUUCGUGCACCUGCACCUGCACCCAAACACAAAUGGGACGACGAGUUAGAUUUAGAUGAAGAACUUCACCCAAUCCCUACACACAAGCCGACUCAUCCACCAAAACAUGCACCCGCACCUGCACCCAAGCACAAACCAUCUCAUGCACCCGCACCUGCACCCAAGCACCAUAAAAAGACCCCGUUUGAUGAAGAUUUCGAUUUGGGAGAAGAAGAGAUUAUUGACCAUGAACAUAAGCCCAAGCACCAUGCCCCGUCCAAGGCACCCGAAGUCGCCCCUACGCCUUCUCGAACAAUCGACUUAUUCCGAUUGUUCUAA